AUGAAGGACCGAACACGUCGUGAUCUUGUCAACAUCCUUGUUGCUGAUAUGGUGGAAAAGUAUGGACGUGCCCCACCUAUGGACAGAAGAACACAGUAUGCAUUGGGGUUAGUAACACUGUUCCCAUCACUAAGAGAUCCCUACUCCAAAAAUGGCUAUGUGCUGCAAGACUUUGAGCUGUUGUUUGGAGCUGAGACUUCAUCAAAACUUCUUGAGAAAUGGGGAACACUCCUCAAGGCAAGGGUAAUAGAGCAAGCUAAAAACCUCAGCAGGACACCCCAGCUUGACUACCUCAUCCAGUGUGCUGAGGAGAACCCUGAUGAGGAUGGAGAGGUCCCAGGUUGGGACAGUGACAUGGCCUCACUGCUACUGCUGGUCUACCUCCUGCCACCACCGCCAAGUGGAAAGAAAGGAACUGUGAAGAUCAGCAUCCGGGAAGCUGUGGACCAUGUAGUCAAGUUUCACAAGUCAUGUCGCAGCCUUCAGGAGCACUCUGGUCCAGACAAACGGAAGCAGCCCUACAUCCUGGCAGUUGGAACAACAAGGAACAGAAUCCAUGAGUACUACAUCGUAUUAGAUGGUGAGCUCCUUCCGUGCAAGGCCAGGUCUUCUCUGUCAGCCUUUGAUGAACUUUUCAAAGCGCACUAUGUGUUUGGCAUCUCCUAUGACCAGGCCUUAAAUACCAUGUACACGUUCGUGCAGACCACCAUCUACAACAUUGAUGUAGGUCUUUCUCAUGAAACUCCCAGGGUCAAGGACCUCAGGGCUAAGCUCCUCAACUAA